UUUCCCUCGCGAUUCAUUUCCCGGCAUCUUGAGCGUCUGCUCCACUGGAUCGAUCCCCGUGGUGGUAUUAGGCCAAAGAGUAUUGAACCAUUUCGCCUCUCUUCGGAUCAUUAUGGAUCAUAACACCGAUAUUAGCGCCCCUCAUUCCAUGGGAACCACCAUUAUUGGCGUUACUUACAAUGGCGGUGUCGUUCUCGGAGCUGACUCUCGAACUAGCACCGGAGUAUAUGUUGCAAACCGAGCUUCAGACAAAAUUACGCAGUUGACUGAUAAUGUCUAUGUUUGUCGCUCUGGAUCGGCUGCUGAUUCUCAGAUUGUAUCUGAUUAUGUGCGCUACUUCCUUCAUCAACACACCAUACAACUGGGACAACCUGCAACAGUCAAAGUUGCCGCAAACCUUGUCAGACUUCUCUCCUAUAACAACAAGAAUUUCUUAGAGACUGGUUUAAUUAUUGGUGGAUGGGACAAAUAUGAAGGUGGUCAAAUCUAUGGCGUUCCUCUUGGUGGAACUAUAGUUCAACAACCUUUUGCAAUUGGAGGAUCUGGCUCUAGUUACUUGUAUGGAUUCUUUGACCAAGCCUGGAAAGAAGGAAUGACCAAAGAUGAAGCUGAGGACUUGGUUAAAAAGGCGGUUUCACUUGCCAUUGCACGUGACGGUGCUAGUGGGGGCGUUGUCCGAACAGUUACUAUAAAUUCAGAGGGAGUCACUAGGAAGUUUUAUCCUGGGGACCAACUUCCUCUGUGGCAAGAGGAACUGGAGCCGCAGAACUCUCUGCUGGACACCCUUGGUGCCCCUGAGCCGAUGAGCAUCUGAAGAACUCGCUGCUCUUUGAUGCACCAUCUUCAAUGAUCUAAGAUUGUGUGGUUACAUUAUUUAGACGAAGUAGCGCAUUUAUUGUUGUGAUUCAUGUAGGGUCUCAAUUUGACACGCGGCAAGUUUGAUUAUUUGUUAUUUGAGUUUGGUUGAUUCGUACAGGAUUGUUUGGAAUUGUGACUAGAUCCUUCAAAAGAAGCUUUUUAAUUGCGAUUUGCAAAAUGCAAGGUAAAUAUGAGGAGAGUUUUGUGU